AUGACGAUUGCAGUGCUUCUGUUGGUCAUUCUAAUUACCUUCGGGCUGCUGAAGUUCUAUCGCAAACGUCAGAAGUUGCAUCAGAUAGCGGCUCGUUUUGGCGGGCCCAAGCCCCACUGGUUGCUCGGAAACGUGAUGGAAUAUCCCGCUAACGACAUCCCCGGUAUCUUCGAGACGAUGGUGAACCUGCACGAGCGCUUCGGUAAGGACCUGUUCAACUGGGGCCUACUGAACGACCAUAUGAUCACCGUGAGCAGUGCCGCAAACGUGGAGAAAGUGAUGAUGGCCAAAAAGACCCAAAAGUCGUCUGUGUACGAGUUUAUUGAGCUAUGGCUCGGGCAGGGAUUGCUCAUCUCGAAGGGCGAGAAGUGGUUCCACCGGCGCAAGAUCAUCACGCCCACGUUCCACUUUAAGAUUUUGGACAAUUUUGCGACCGUGUUCAACCAGGAGGCUGAAAUACUAAUCCAGAAAAUGCGCCUACAUGCGGACAGUGGACGAGAGUUUGACAUCUACGAGCCGAUCUCACUUUACGCACUCGACAGCAUCUGUAUAACGUCCAUGGGGGUCGAGAUCAACGCUCAAGAGGAUCCUACGAAUCAGUACGUGCGAGACGUGAAGCGCAUGAGUGAACUAAUAUUGCUGCGCAUCUUCCACGUGUUGUCUUCGUUUCCACGAACCUAUUGGUACACCAUGCCGAACGCGUGGGAACAACGAAAAGUGAUUAGGCGGUUGCAUGACUUCACCGACUCCGUGAUUCACCGGCGCCGGCAGCAGCUCAUGUCUAAAACCAGCAAUGAUACUACUUCCUGUAACAUCACGGAGGAUGAUGGACUUUAUUCGAAGCGUAAAGAAACGUUCUUAGACCUACUUCUGAACGUAUCCAUCGAUGGAAACACGCUCAGUGAUCUGGACAUCCGAGAGGAAGUCGACACGUUCAUGUUUGAGGGCCACGACACCACCACGUCAGGUAUUGCCUUCACCUUCUAUCAACUGGCCAAACAUCCCGACAUCCAGGAGAAACUGUACAAUGAAAUUCGGGACGUGUUGGGCAAGGAUUACCGCACUGUCCCAUUGACGUACAACACGUUGCAAAACUUCACCUACCUCGACAUGGUGGUCAAGGAGUCAUUACGCUUGCUACCACCUGUUUCCUUCAUUGGACGUCGACUCGUAGAGGACAUCGAGAUGAACGGAGUGACCAUUCCAGCUGGUACGGACUUUACCAUUCCUAUCUACGCUAUCCAUCGCAACCCAGUAGCAUUCCCCGAUCCAGAACGGUUCGAUCCGGAACGCUUCUCAGAAAAUAACUCGAACCGGCGAGGUCCUUACGAUUAUAUCCCAUUCAGUGUAGGUUCCCGGAACUGCAUCGGGCAAAGGUAUGCGCUUCUAGAGAUGAAAGUCGCCAUCGUACGUAUGGUUUCCUACUUCGUUAUACUUCCCGGCGACACAAUGCACGAGAUUCGCCUUAAAACGGACCUAGUGUUACGACCCGACAAAGAUAUACCGAUAAAGCUUGCAGCUCGGGCAUAG